GUUCCGCCUAUGGCAACACCACUACCAACAAAAAUCAGCUGAGAUUCCAGACAAAAGUUACUAAAUACCCUAGCUCGCUAGGGAACCGUCAAAAUGCUUAUAAUAAAAACGAAAAAUAUUCAAAUACCUGAAUGAAAAACCAUUGGAAUGCAUACAUUUUUUUAGAUACAUAGAAACAUGUCGCAGACUGAUAAAGAAUCUUUAGUAGCACUAGAACAUUUGAUGGAAGAAUUUUUUACCCAUUCUACGAGUAAUGGUAGGAAGCACGAUAUCGAAACCCAACUUAAUUCGUUUAGUAGUCAGAGGGACUGUUGGAAACUAUGCGUAUAUUUCUUAACGCAUACUUCUAGUCAAUACGUAUCUAUGUACUCUCUCUCCACUAUUGAGUCUGUGAUAAAUCGACAAUGGGUGGCUUUAGAAUGGGAACAUCGAGUUCAACUCAAAAGUGCUCUUUACAAUUAUCUAAUGGAGCAAGGUCCCACCGCUCCUCAUUUUCUUAGGAAUAAGUUGGCUAAAUUAAUUGUAGACAUAGCGAGACUGGACUGGCCGCAUUUUUUUCCUGAAUUUCUAACAAACAUAAUUCAGCUGCUGCAAUCGAACGACGGUCAGCUGUUGGGUUUGGUUAUGCUACACAUUACAAGCGAAGAGUUCAUGAGCUCCAGGCCCGAUCUCAGCAGUUAUCGUAAAGACGAACUAACCAAGCUACUGCAACAGAACAUUCCACAGAUAUUCCAGAUAUUGUGCACAAUUUUACAGAACCUAGGUAUAAAACCGCGUCACGCCGCUACUGCCACGCCGCCGCCGUCACCUACGCAGCCGGGAGCGGCGCCCGUUCUCACCCGCGAAUUAAUCAACGCCUCGUUUCGGCCUGACAACAAGUUUGUUACCCGUGAAUGUUUGGGUACCAUUCAACAUUUGUUUACCUGGGCGGAUUUGGCCGCCGUUCCGCUACCGUUAAUUAAAAACAUCUUUUAUUUCACCAAUAUUUCGACCUAUGCACAGGACGACGACGAUAUGUGCGUCCUUGCGAUGUCGGCGUUGAACGAAUUGUUUUAUCGCAAGUGCUCCCCUCCGGGUACCCAGAACCUAUUCACGCAAUUAUACCAUCAUACAGUACAAUUACUACGUGAUAUUGUAUGUCCGAACUCGUGUAGAAUUGAAACUUUAGGAAAUGAUUUCGUAGAUAAACUAUCGGAACUUUUAGCGCUACUAGUCGAGCAACAUUUAUGGAGACUCGAAGCCGAACCAGGGUUUUCAGCCUUAGACUUCUUAUCACUUUUAUAUCAGCUCACCAUUCAAUUGCCUUCGUUGCGGUGCUACCUACGCUGUCUGACAGUGUGGGUCGCCUUUAUUAAACAAUUAAAACCGCAGAAUACUCAUAAGUACUCUGAAGCCUUGCUAGGUUUAGUAAGUGUAGUAUUGAAUAAAAUGCAGUUUACGUACAACUUAUCUCAGUUAGAAGAGAUGGACAACGAGCCUUCGGAUGAGCAGAGCGAAACCGAGUGGGAGGUUUUUCUGAAUACAUCGGUGGAGGUAAUCGCUAUGGUUGCAGAAUAUGCGCCAGUGGACACUUUUAAUGAAGUGUUGCUGAAAUGGAGAGCGGCAAACGAUGUGUACUGUUUAUUGGAAAAUGCCAUAGACGAUAGAAGUUGCGCACUGAAAAUUGAACCGUCAGAGAAUGUAAGACUGCAUUGUAUUCUUAGGGACUUAUCAUCUUUAACGCAAACACUUGCGAGACUGUCUUCUUUGUUUACAGAUCAAGAUAAUGAUUACUAUAACAGUUCUGCACCAAUAAUUGAUAGUUUAGUUAAUAGUUUGAUCAAAAGUGCCUUGGUAGCUGCGAAUGGCAGUUUCCAUCUUUUAAAAUCAAGACUUAAUGCGGAUUUUGUUGAAGUGCACAGUCAAAUUUUGGCCGCGCUUAAGACGUGGAUGCCUUGGAUACCGUUGAAUAACGAGAUAAUGAGCCAACAUUUGAAGCAGUUAUUGGCGGUGACUUUGCCACUUCUUCGCGGAGGUGUGCAAUAUCCGGGAAAGGUGACACAUUCCGCUGCCCAUCUACUAUUAAGCUUAUCCAAUGUAGUCUUUCCGCCUUCGCUUGUCAUACUACCGACGGUAGUGGAGUAUAUACAUAUUGCUCCGGCUAUGAAAUACAACGGCACACAUACCCGAGAGGUCGUCAACAAUGCCGUAUGUAAUAUACUGAUACGGCCUUGGGGUGAACUGUCACAAGCCGACGGCACUCAUAGAAACGCUUUAAUUAAUACUUUUUUCGAUGGCCUUACUAGAGACUUCCGAGAAUUGGGGCCUCAUAGUUCAGAAGGUAAGGUUAGGGAGGUCAUAUCGCAUACGCUUCCCUUACUUUCACACAUAAUUGAGUUUGCCAAGGAUUUUCCAUCUCAGUCGAAGAAACUUUUGUACAUGGGAAUCAAGACAUCAAUUGAUACAGCUCUACAGGUUUUUCCUACUUACUCUAGCAUACCAGACGUUAGUGAUCAUAUAUUAGUACUUUUUGUAAAUGUCUUAAGUGUUUUGCAGCAACAGUUGGGCGUUGAGUGCAUAAAACACGCAGUCGAGGUUUUCUUAGAUGUAGCCGUAAGCCAACAACAAUCGAAAAACUUGUCAGGUUUAGAUAAGUUAUUGCAAAUUUUACAAAUCGUAGUCGAAUCCCCAGGCUCGGCGUACAAGGGUUUUUUACCUGGUAUUUUACAACUCUGUAUGCAACACGUUUAUCCGUUGGCUAUUUCUCAAGCAUCUGAACAUCCCGAUGUGAUUAUUGCUCUCCUUACACUUUUGCACAGCAUAUUGGUGCACAGAUGGCAAUACUUUUACAUAUCCCAAGUGCGCUUAGGUCACUCUCCCGGCUGUAGUGAAUCGGACCUCGGACCCGACAGUCCACAACAACCCGCACAACUACUCGCAGUAUUACAAGUGUUCGGGCAGGCGCUAAUGCAACCAGAUAUCAACACGUUUCGCACCAGCCUCGCCGCACUUGAAAAUCUUCAAGCCAAAUGGAAAUUGUACAAUAAGAUGCUGUUUCGCCAACAACUUCUUCAUCAGUUUUUAACGGUUUUGUGGCACACUUUACUAGAUAGAUCCCAUACGCUUCUCACCGACGACAUCCUGCUAGCCAUUUACAAUAUGGCCGCCGUCAAUUUUCAAGUUUUCUUUAACACAUUCCUUACAGAAUUUCUCGAUAGUGUAAAUGGACUAACUUCAACGCAAAGAGAUUCUUUAAAGCAGUCCUUCAAUCACGAAACGGAUAUGCCUACAUUUAUACAAAAUUUUCAACGUUUUAUAAAUGAUUUAAGGUGUUAUAGAAUUUGUAAUGUGAGUAUUCCUUUAGGUAGCGUUAUACUUUAGCAUAUGUAUUCUGUGUGAUAUCAGUAUGUAUUUAUGCUCAAUUUUGUUACAAAAGUGUAGAAUAAUGAACACACGCAUUGACUUAAUCAAAUCAGGAAAUUAUUUAUUACAUACACUUUUUAUCAUAGUACAUAGUGUACCU